AUGGGCCAAUCCUACGACUAUGGAUUCGACGUCGCCAGAGCAUACAACGCAAAGCGCCAGCUUGGAGGGAACAUCGUUGUCACCACUGGCAUGCCCGCUGGCCCAGGACCUGUCCCUGUUCGACAGGAUAUCCGUGAUCUCCAGAAGGACCCAGAUAGGUGGUCCCUGUACAUUCUUGCCCUCGACAUGAUGCAGUGGACGGAACAGUCGCAGCCUACGUCUUGGUUCUCGAUCGGCGAGCUCUGCCAACGGAUGCAGUAUAUUGCCACCGCGUACACCGGGGCCGUAAAGAACCGCAUGGAAUCUGCUGCGGCCAACUGCAGAGCUCCAUAUUUCGACUGGGCCGCACUGCCCCCGUCUUCAAGGGACAGCAUGCUUCCUGCUAGUAUUGGAGAUAGUCCUAAGAUCAACGUGUCCGGGCCGCAUGGAACGCAAAUGAUUGCAAACCCUCUGUUCGCCUACGCCUUCAAACCCCCCAACCGAGAGGUCUUCCAGGACGUGGCACCAUGGGCAGAUUGGACUGCUACGAGGAGAGCUCCAACGAGCCUCCAGCCAGACGCCCUGUCCAACAACUCCGUCAUCAACGCAAAUCUUGUCUUGUACAACGUCCAGAACCAGCAGAGGCUCUACAAUCUUUUCACAAAUUACGACAACUACACCAUCUUCAGCAAUGAAGGCUGGGCCGCAGAUACAACCAGAUAUGACUCACUCGAAAACCUCCACGACAACCUUCACGCCUUACUUGGUGGUUCCCAGGGCCACAUGACCAUCGUGCCCUUUUCCGCCUUCGACCCUUUGUUCUUCCUCCAUCAUUGCAAUGUGGACCGCAUUUUUGCCUUGUGGCAGGUAUUUCACCCCGAUGCGUGGAUUGUCCCCGAGGUCGCCCGGGUCAACUCGUACACCACAUCCGUUGGCCAACUUCUGGACUCCACGUCGGCCCUGACGCCAUUCUACGCAAAUCCCGGCGGGGAUUUCUGGACCUCGGACAUGCUCCGCGACACUGCGGCUCUGGGGUAUACUUACGGUGAGCUGGCCAGUUCAGGGAUAUCGCUGUCUAACAUGACUUCGAUCCUCAACGGUCAGGCUCAAGUGGCCAAGGUUGUGAACGAGCUUUACGGUGGAUACAGCGUGAACAGCAUCAGGAUCCAGUCCAAACGCUCUGAGCGCGGCAGGAAUCACAUACGACAUGGCCAAAGCCAGGGCCAGGACGGAUGGUACAUGGGCCGAGAACGCCGAUCAACAGCCUCGCUGCCCGUCACAAAAAUCAUCUCGGAGAAAGGCACGUAUCGGGAGUGGAUCGCAAACGUCCGAGUCACGAGGCAAGCCCUCGACGGGCCCUUCUCAGUCGACCUCGCGCUCGGCGGCCCGGGCAGGCAGCCCCUCUACGUCGGCUCCAUGAGCGUCUUCGCUUCUCCCCCAGCAAUCGCGAGCAUGAAGAAGUUGGCACCGGGCGCUGAGUUCAUCUCCGGCACCGUGCCCCUAACGGCAGCGCUCGUCGACGAGAUUGCGGACGGCACGCUGGCGUCCAUGGAGCCCGCGGACGUCGAGCCGUACCUGCGCGGGUACCUCACGACCCGCGUCGUCGGGGCGGACGGCACCGAGGCCGACCCGGCCGGCGUGGCGGGGCUGAGCAUCGAGGUCGUCAGCUGGCCCGUCCAGGCUACCUCGAGCGAGGCGCAGCUGCCUACCUGGGGGGAGGCAGAUUACAAGAUCCGCAUCAUGUAG